AUGAAUUUAGCUCCGAAAUUGAUUUAUGGAACAGCAUGGAAGGGAGAGAGAACAGCUCACCUUGUGAUAAGCGCCUUCCUGCAGGGCUUCCGAGCUGUAGACACAGCAUGUCAGCCAAAACACUACAGAGAAGAUCUUGUGGGAGAGGCCUUAGAGAUUCUCCAAGACAAGCAUAGUGUAAAGCGAGAAGAUGUCUACAUCCAAACAAAAUUCACCCCCUUUGAUGGUCAAGACCCAACCAAGCCCCUCCCAUAUAAUCCCCGAGACAGUGUCCCUGCCCAGAUCAAAAGUUCCCUUUCCAAAUCACUAAUUAACUUGCAUACGUCAUAUCUCGAUGCUUAUCUUCUUCACUCUCCUCUCCAAACUUUGCCCUUAACGCUAGAAGCCUGGCGUACGCUCAUGGCUGCACAAGAUGAGGGGACUGUGCGCGCUAUCGGAAUUAGCAAUGUGUACGACGUUGGAGUACUGAAAGCGCUAGAAAAAGAAAGAAAGGUGCAGAUCGUACAAAACAGGUGGUUUGAAGGUAAUGCCUGGGACAAAGAGGUUUGGGCGUACUGUAAGGCGAAUGGAAUUGUCUACCAGUCGUUCUGGACACUGACGGGUUCCCCGGCGUUACUGACACACUCGCACACCACUUCUCUUGCCGAUAAGCUAGACGUCACGGCCGCGCAGGUACUCUUCAAACUUGCCCAACUAAACAAUAUCGUCCCUCUGAGUGGAACCACGAGUGAACUGCAUAUGCAGCAUGAUCUCGCUGCAGAGCGCAUAGUAUUCAAGGAAGAGGUGCUCGAUGAUUAUAAAAGAAUCACAGAUCUAAUAUGGAGAUGA